CGGCGCUGGCACUGAGGCACAUCGGUCAGUCUCGUUAGGGUUAUGGGUCUGGGCCGGGUUGCGCCGAGUUUCGGGUUGGCCAUCAUCCGGUGUGUAGUGUCAGUGACUGUGCAUGGGUGCACUGUCGAGCGUUCGAGCUCGUCGAUGGAUGACGGUAUAUCCAGCACCACCACCAGCAGACUUACCCCCCUCCCCUUGGGGAUCCAGGCGGCCACCACACAACAUGCGCUCGCCGCUCGCCUCGCCAGAGAGCACCUGAGAUCCGCAUUAUUUGUACACACCUGUCACCCAGGAAGAAAACAGUCCUUGGAGCACUGGCGAGACGUUGCAUGUCACGUGCAGCGCGCCGUCAGCGAGCCGGCCUGAGCCGUCAUCUCCCAUCUGAUAGCGCAAGCUGAGGGCGAAUACACAGCAUGUCAGCACAUAAAUGGCGUCGAGCGCCGCAUUUGCUUCGAACCAAAUAUAGUUGGGGUAACUCACAUAUGGGCACAGUACCGAUGAAGCGAAGUGGCUUGCCAAACGCGCGGCACAUUAGUGUAACGCUUUACCGCUGCAUG